AUGAUUAUUCUUUCAUAUAAUAUCCAUGGUGGCGGGAAUCGGGCUAAGCGCAAGAGAGUCAGAUUCCUAAUUCAAAAGGGAGAUGUUGAUCUUUGCUUCAUGCAAGAAACAAAACUUAGUGGAAUUGGUGUGGAAGCGGUUAGAGAGUUGUGGGGAGGUAUUGAUGUUGAAUGGUCUUACUCGGAUGCUACCGGAGCCUCCAGUGGAAUUCUAACUAUGUGGAAGAAAGACUUCUUUUCUCUCAUCUAUAGUUUUAGGGGAGAAGGCUUCCUUGGUCUUUGUGUAGAGAAAGAUGGAAAAAUGAUCUAUUAUGUCAAUGUUUAUGCUUCAUGUGACAAAGUCAUUAGGAGAAGAACAUGGAAGAAUCUUUGUGAGUUCAAGCAUAAUAAAAUCGUUGGAUCUUGGUGCAUUGGGGGUGACUUCAACUCUAUAUCUACUAUUGAUGAAAGAAUUGGUGUUACUUGUAGUGACUAUAGUAGGGACUCAAGAUCUUUCAAUGAAUUCAUAGAGGAAAUGGAGUUGGUGGAUCUUCCCACUAUAGGUGGCAAGUUUACUUGGUUCAAAAGCAACGAGAAGGUGAUGAGUAGAAUCGAUAGAUUUUUAUUAUCGGAGUGCUACAUAGAAGAUAAUAAGGUGGAUGGUCAAUAUAUAGGAGAGAGGGAUGUGUCGGACCAUGCACCCAUUUGGUUGAAAAACAAUAGAAAGGAUUGGGGACCUAAGCCUUUUAAGUUUAACAACUUAUGGCUAAAGCAUGAGGAGUUUGAUAAUUUUGUUAAAGAGGAGUGGAAUCAAAUAGUAGUGAAAGGGAGAGGGGACUAUUUCUUGGUGGAAAAACUUAAAAUCCUUAAAAGUCGGAUCUCUUGGUGGAAUAAAACGAUUUAUGGGUGGAUUGACCUCAAGAUUGACAAAGACGUGAAAGAGAUGAAUUCUUUAGAUAACUUGUUUGUUCAUUUUGCAUGUAAUGUUCCGGAAGAGUUAGUUGAUAAGAGAUUGAAAGUGGUGGAGGACUUUUGGAAUAACCUUAACAAAAAAUAA